CCUUACUCCUUAGAGUGACUAUGGCUACAAGGUAAGAUCUCUGCCCUCUCACACUGUGUGUAAUGAUUGAUAUAUUCUAUAUAAUGAUUUAUUACAGCCCUGGGUCUGUAGUUACUGUAUAUAAUGAUUGAUACAUUCUAUAUAAUGAUUUAUUACAGCCCUGGGUCUGUAUUUACUGUAUAUAAUGAUUGAUACAUUCUAUAUAAUGAUUUAUUACCGCCCUGGGUCUGUAGUUACUGUAUAUAAUGAUUGAUAUAUUCUAUAGAAUGAUUUAUUACAGCCCUGGGUCUGUAGUUACCGUAUAUAGUGAUUGAUAUAUUCUAUAGAAUGAUUUAUUACCGCCCUGGGUCUGUAGUUACUGUAUAUAAUGAUUGAUACAUUCUAUAUAAUGAUUUAUUACCGCCCUGGGUCUGUAGUUACUGUAUAUAGUGAUUGAUAUAUUCUAUAUAAUGAUUUAUUACAGCCCUGGGUCUGUAGUUACUGUAUAUAAUGAUUGAUAUAUUCUAUAUAAUGAUUUAUUACAGCCCUGGCUCUGUAGUUACUGUAUAUAAUUGAUAUAUUCUAUAUAAUGAUUUAUUACCGCCCUGGGUCUGUAGUUACUGUAUAUAAUGAUUGAUAUAUUCUAUAUAAUGAUUUAUUACAGCCCUGGGUCUGUAGUUACUGUAUAUAAUGAUUGAUACAUUCUAUAUAAUGAUUUAUUACAGCCCUGGGUCUGUAGUUACUGUAUAUAAUGAUUGAUAUAUUCUAUAUAAUGAUUUAUUACAGCCCUGGGUCUGUAUUUACUGUAUAUAAUGAUUGAUAUAUUCUAUAUAAUGAUUUAUUACCGCCCUGGGUCUGUAGUUACUGUAUAUAAUGAUUGAUAUAUUCUAUAUAAUUUAUUACAGCCCUGGCUCUGUAGUUACUGUAUAUAAUGAUUGAUACAUUCUAUAUAAUGAUUUAUUACAUAUCCAUGGUCUGUAUUUACUGUAAAUAAUAAUUGAUAUAUUCUAUAUAAUGAUUUAUUACAGCCCUGGCUCUGUAGUUACUGUAUAUAAUGAUUGAUACAUUCUAUAUAAUGAUUUAUUACAUAUCCAUGGUCUGUAUUUACUGUAUAUAAUAAUUGAUAUUUUCUAUAUAAUGAUUUAUUACAGCCCUGGGUCUGUAUUUACUGUAUAUAAUGAUUGAUAUAUUCUAUAUAAUGAUUUAUUACCGCCCUGGGUCUGUAGUUACUGUAUAUAAUGAUUGAUAUAUUCUAUAUAAUUUAUUACCGCCCUGGGUCUGUACUUACUGUAUAUAAUGAUUGAUAUAUUCUAUAUAAUGAUUUAUUACCGCCCUGGGUCUGUAGUUACUGUAUAUAAUGAUUGAUAUAUUCUAUAUAAUGAUUUAUUACAGCCCUGGCUCUGUAGUUACUGUAUAUAAUGAUUGAUAUAUUCUAUAUAAUGAUUUAUUACCGCCCUGGGUCUGUAUUUACUGUAUAUAGUGAUUGAUAUAUUCUAUAUAAUGAUUUAUUACAGCCCUGGGUCUGUAGUUACUGUAUAUAAUGAUUGAUAUAUUCUAUAUAAUGAUUUAUUACAGCCCUGGGUCUGUAGUUACUGUAUAUAGUGAUUGAUAUAUUCUAUAUAAUGAUUUAUUACAGCCCUGGGUCUGUAUUUACUGUAUAUAGUGAUUGAUAUAUUCUAUAUAAUGAUUUAUUACCGCCCUGGGUCUGUAGUUACUGUAUAUAAUGAUUGAUACAUUCUAUAUAAUGAUUUAUUACCGCCCUGGGUCUGUAGUUACUGUAUAUAAUGAUUGAUAUAUUCUAUAUAAUGAUUUAUUACAGCCCUGGGUCUGUAUUUACUGUAUAUAGUGAUUGAUAUAUUCUAUAUAAUGAUUUAUUACCGCCCUGGGUCUGUAGUUACUGUAUAUAAUGAUUGAUAUAUUCUAUAUAAUGAUUUAUUACCGCCCUGGGUCUGUAUUUACUGUAUAUAAUGAUUGAUAUAUUCUAUAUAAUGAUUUAUUACCGCCCUGGGUCUGUAGUUACUGUAUAUAAUUAUUGAUAUAUUCUAUAUAAUGAUUGAUUACCGCCCUGGGUCUGUAGUUACUGUAUAUAAUGAUUGAUAUAUUCUAUAUAAUGAUUUAUUACCGCCCUGGGUCUGUAGUUACUGUAUAUAAUGAUUGAUAUAUUCUAUAUAAUGAUUUAUUACAGCCCUGGCUCUGUAGUUACUGUAUAUAAUUGAUACAUUCUAUAUAAUUUAUUACAUAUCCAUGGUCUGUAUUUACUGUAUAUAAUAAUUGAUAUAUUCUAUAUAAUGAUUUAUUACAGCCCUGGCUCUGUAGUUACUGUAUAUAAUGAUUGAUACAUUCUAUAUAAUGAUUUAUUACAUAUCCAUGGUCUGUAUUUACUGUAUAUAAUAAUUGAUAUAUUCUAUAUAAUGAUUUAUUACAGCCCUGGGUCUGUAGUUACUGUAUAUAAUGAUUGAUAUAUUCUAUAUAAUGAUUUAUUACAGCCCUGGGUCUGUAGUUACUGUAUAUAAUGAUUGAUAUAUUCUAUAUAAUGAUUUAUUACAGCCCUGGCUCUGUAGUUACUGUAUAUAAUGAUUGAUACAUUCUAUAUAAUGAUUUAUUACAUAUCCAUGGUCUGUAUUUACUGUAUAUAAUAAUUGAUAUAUUCUAUAUAAUGAUUUAUUACAGCCCUGGGUCUGUAGUUACUGUAUAUAAUGAUUGAUAUAUUCUAUAUAAUGAUUUAUUACAGCCCUGGGUCUGUAUUUACUGUAUAUAAUGAUUGAUAUAUUCUAUAUAAUGAUUUAUUACAGCCCUGGGUCUGUAUUUACUGUAUAUAAUGAUUGAUAUAUUCUAUAUAAUGAUUUAUUACCGCCCUGGGUCUGUAGUUACUGUAUAUAAUGAUUGAUAUAUUCUAUAUAAUUUAUUACAGCCCUGGCUCUGUAGUUACUGUAUAUAAUGAUUGAUACAUUCUAUAUAAUGAUUUAUUACAUAUCCAUGGUCUGUAUUUACUGUAAAUAAUAAUUGAUAUAUUCUAUAUAAUGAUUUAUUACAGCCCUGGCUCUGUAGUUACUGUAUAUAAUGAUUGAUACAUUCUAUAUAAUGAUUUAUUACAUAUCCAUGGUCUGUAUUUACUGUAUAUAAUAAUUGAUAUUUUCUAUAUAAUGAUUUAUUACAGCCCUGGGUCUGUAUUUACUGUAUAUAAUGAUUGAUAUAUUCUAUAUAAUGAUUUAUUACCGCCCUGGGUCUGUAGUUACUGUAUAUAAUGAUUGAUAUAUUCUAUAUAAUGAUUUAUUACAGCCCUGGCUCUGUAGUUACUGUAUAUAAUUGAUACAUUCUAUAUAAUGGUUUAUUACAUAUCCAUGGUCUGUAUUUACUGUAUAUAAUAAUUGAUAUAUUCUAUAUAAUGAUUUAUUACAGCCCUGGGUCUGUAUUUACUGUAUAUAAUGAUUGAUAUAUUCUAUAUAAUGAUUUAUUACAGCCCUGGGUCUGUAGUUACCGUAUAUAGUGAUUGAUAUACUCUAUAUAAUGAUUUAUUACAGCCCUGGGUCUGUAUUUACUGUAUAUAGUGAUUGAUAUAUUCUAUAUAAUGAUUUAUUACAGCCCUGGCUCUGUAGUUACUGUAUAUAAUGAUUGAUACAUUCUAUAUAAUGAUUUAUUACAGCCCUGGCUCUGUAGUUACUGUAUAUAAUGAUUGAUACAUUCUAUAUAAUGAUUUAUUACAGCCCUGGCUCUGUAGUUACUGUAUAUAAUGAUUGAUACAUUCUAUAUAAUGAUUUAUUACACCCCUGGCUCUGUAGUUACUGUAUAUAAUGAUUGAUAUAUUCUAUAUAAUGAUUUAUUACAGCCCUGGGUCUGUAGUUACCGUAUAUAAUGAUUGAUAUAUUCUAUAUAAUGAUUUAUUACAGCCCUGGGUCUGUAGUUACCGUAUAUAGUGAUUGAUAUAUUCUAUAUAAUGAUUUAUUACAGCCCUGGGUCUGUAGUUACUGUAUAUAGUGAUUGAUAUAUUCUAUAUAAUGAUUUAUUACAGCCCUGGGUCUGUAGUUACUGUAUAUAAUGAUUGAUACAUUCUAUAUAAUGAUUUAUUACAGCUCUGGGUCUGUAGUUACUGUAUAUAAUGAUUGAUACAUUCUAUAUAAUGAUUUAUUACAGCCCUGGGUCUGUAUUUACUGUAUAUAAUGAUUGAUACAUUCUAUAUAAUGAUUUAUUACAGCCCUGGCUCUGUAGUUACUGUAUAUAGUGAUUGAUAUAUUCUAUAUAAUGAUUUAUUACCGCCCUGGGUCUGUAGUUACUGUAUAUAAUGAUUGAUAUAUUCUAUAUAAUGAUUUAUUACAGCCCUGGGUCUGUAGUUACUGUAUAUAAUGAUUGAUAUACUCUAUAUAAUGAUUUAUUACAGCCCUGGGUCUGUAGUUACUGUAUAUAAUGAUUGAUACAUUCUAUACAAUGAUUUGAUAUAUUCUAUAUAAUGAUUUAUUACCGCCCUGGGUCUGUAGUUACUGUAUAUAGUGAUUGAUAUAUUCUAUAUAAUGAUUUAUUACAGCCCUGUGUCUGUAGUUACUGUAUAUAAUGAUUGAUACAUUCUAUAUAAUUUAUUACAGCCCUGGGUCUGUAGUUACUGUAUAUAAUGAUUGAUACAUUCUAUACAAUGAUUGAUAUAUUCUAUAUAAUGAUUUAUUACCGCCCUGGGUCUGUAGUUACUGUAUAUACAGUAUGAUAACAUUAUGAUAAAAGGGUCACUGUGUGUGCAGCAAGCAGGGUAGGGGUGUAAUAAAUCAUUAUAUACAGUAAAUACAGACCCAGGGCUGUAAUAAAUCAUUAUAUAGAAUAUAUCAAUCAUUAUAUACAGUAAAUACAGACCCAGGGCUGUAAUAAAUCAUUAUAUACAAUAUAUCAAUCAUUAUAUACAGUAAAUACAGACCCUGGGCUGUAAUAAAUCAUUAUAUAGAAUAUAUCAAUCAUUAUAUACAGUAACUACAGACCCAGGGCUGUAAUAAAUCAUUAUAUAGAAUAUAGGGUUAAUGUGGUCUGAGGUUGGUUGGACGGAUGGAGACUUAUCCGUACUCUGAUUUAUUACAGCCCUGGGUCUGUAGUUACUGUAUAUAAUGAUUGAUACAUUCUAUAUAAUGAUUUAUUACCGCCCUGGGUCUGUAGUUACUGUAUAUAAUGAUUGAUAUAUUCUAUAUAAUGAUUUAUUACAGCCCUGGGUCUGUAUUUACUGUAUAUAAUGAUUGAUACAUUCUAUAUAAUGAUUUAUUACAUAAUGGUCUGUAUUUACUGUAUAUAUGAUUGAUAUAUUCUAUAUAAUGAUUUAUUACAGCCCUGGGUCUGUAGUUACUGUAUAUAAUGAUUGAUAUAUUCUAUAUAAUGAUUUAUUACAGCCCUGGGUCUGUAGUUACUGUAUAUAAUGAUUGAUAUUUCUAUAUAAUGAUUUAUUACAGCCCUGGGUCUGUAGUUACUGUAUAUAAUGAUUGAUACAUUCUAUAUAAUGAUUUAUUACAGCCCUGGGUCUGUAGUUACCGUAUAUAGUGAUUGAUACAUUCUAUAUAAUGAUUUAUUACAGCCCUGGGUCUGUAGUUACUGUAUAUAAUGAUUGAUAUACUGGGUCUGUAUUUACUGUAUAUAGUGAUUGAUACACUCUAUAUAAUGAUUUAUUACAGCCCUGGGUCUGUAUUUACUGUAUAUAGUGAUUGAUAUAUUCUAUAUAAUUUAUUACAGCCCUGGGUCUGUAGUUACUGUAUAUAAUGAUUGAUAUAUUCUAUAUAAUGAUUUAUUACAGCCCUGGGUCUGUAGUUACUGUAUAUAAUGAUUGAUACAUUCUAUAUAAUGAUUUAUUACAUAUCCAUGGUCUGUAUUUACUGUAUAUAAUGAUUGAUAUAUUCUAUAUAAUGAUUUAUUACAGCCCUGGGUCUGUAGUUUACUGUAUAUAGUAUGAUUGAUACAUUCUAUAUAAUGAUUUAUUACAGUGGGUCUUAUUUGCUGUAUAUAGUGAUUGAUAUAUUCUAUAUAAUGAUUUAUUACAGCCCUGGGUCUUUAGUUACUGUAUAUAAUGAUUGAUAUAUUCUAUAUAAUGAUUUAUUACAGCCCUGGGUCUGUAUUUACUGUAUAUAAUGAUUGAUAUAUUCUAUAUAAUGAUUUAUUACAGCCCUGGGUCUGUAGUUACUGUAUAUAAUGAUUGAUAUAUUCUAUAUAAUGAUUUAUUACAGCCCUGGGUCCGUAGUUACUGUAUAUAAUGAGUGAUAUACUCUAUAUAAUGAUUUAUUACAGCCCUGGGUCUGUAGUUACUGUAUAUAAUGAUUGAUACAUUCUAUAUAAUGAUUUAUUACAGCCCUGGGUCUGUAGUUACUGUAUAUAAUGAUUGAUAUAUUCUGAUUUAUUACAGCCCUGGGUCUGUAUUUACUGAUAUAAUGAUAUACAUUCUAUAUAAUGAUUUAUUACAUAUCCAUGGUCUGUAUUUACUGUAUAUAAUGAUUGAUAUAUUCUAUAUAAUGAUUUAUUACAGCCCUGGGUCUGUAGUUACUGUAUAUAAUGAUUGAUAUAUUCUAUAUAAUUUAUUACAGCCCUGGGUCUGUAGUUACUGUAUAUAAUGAUUGAUAUAUUCUAUAUAAUGAUUUAUUACAGCCCUGGGUCUGUAUUUACUGUAUAUAAUGAUUGAUAUAUUCUAUAUAAUGAUUUAUUACAGCCCUGGGUCUGUAGUUACUGUAUAUAAUGAUUGAUAUAUUCUAUAUAAUGAUUUAUUACAGCCCUGGGUCUGUAGUUACUGUAUAUAAUGAUUGAUAUACUCUAUAUAAUGAUUUAUUACAGCCCUGGGUCUGUAGUUACUGUAUAUAAUGAUUGAUAUAUUCUAUAUAAUGAUUUAUUACAGCCCAGGGUCUGUAUUUACUGUAUAUAAUGAUUGAUUUAUUAUAGCCCUGGCACUGUAGUUACUGUAUAUAAUGAUUGAUUUAUUACAGCCCUGGCUCUGUAGUUACUGUAUAUAAUGAUUGAUAUAUUCUAUAUAAUGAUUUAUUACAGCCCUGGCUCUAUAGUUACUGUAUAUAAUGAUUGAUACAUUCUGUAUAAUGAUUUAUUACAGCCCUGGGUCUGUAGUUACUGUAUAUAGUGAUUGAUAUACUCUAUGUAAUGAUUUAUUACAGCCCUGGGUCUGUAGUUACUGUAUAUAGUGAUUGAUAUAUUCUAUAUAAUGAUUUAUUACAGCCCUGGGUCUGUAUUUACUGUAUAUAGUGAUUGAUAUAUUCUAUAUAAUGAUUUAUUACAGCCCGGGGUCUGUAUUUACUGUAUAUAGUGAUUGAUAUAUUCUAUAUAAUGAUUUAUUACAGCCCUGGGUCUGUAGUUACUGUAUAUAAUGAUUGAUAUAUUCUAUAUAGUGAUUUAUUACAGCCCUGGGUCUGUAGUUACUGUAUAUAAUGAUUGAUAUAUUCUAUAUAGUGAUUUAUUGCAGCCCUGGGUCUGUAGUUACUGUAUGUAAUGAUAGAUAUAUUCUAUAUAAUGAUUUAUUACAGCCCUGGGUCUGUAGUUACCAUAUAUAUUGAUUGAUAUAUUCUAUAUAAUGAUUUAUUACAGCCCUGGGUCUGUAGUUACCGUAUAUAAUGAUUGAUAUAUUCUAUAUAAUGAUUUAUUACAGCCUCUGGGUCUGUAGUUACCGUGAUAUAGUGAUUGGAUAUAUUCUAUAUACGAUUUAUUACAGCCCUGGGUCUGUAGUUACCGUGAUAUAGUGAUUGAUAUAUUCUAUAUAAUGAUUUAUUACAGCUGGUCUGUAUUUACCGUGAUAUACGAUUGAUAUAUUCUAUAGAAUGAUUUAUUACAGCCCUCUGGGUCUGUAGUCACCGUAUAUACGAUAUUCUAUAGAAUGAUUUAUUACAGCCUCUGGGUCUGUAGUUACCAGAUAUAAUGGGACAUAUAUUCUAUAGAAUGAUUUAUUACAGCCCUGGGUCUGUAGUUACCGUAUAUAAUGAUUGAUAUAUUCUAUAGAAUGAUUUAUUACAGCCCUGGGUCUGUAGUUACCGUAUAUAAUGAUUGAUAUAUUCUAUAGAAUGAUUUAUUACAGCCCUGGGUCUGUAGUUACCGUAUAUAAUGAUUGAUACAUUCUAUAGAAUGAUUUAUUACAGCCCUGGGUCUGUAGUUACCGUAUAUAAUGAUUGAUACAUUCUAUAGAAUGAUUUAUUACAGCCCUGGGUCUGUAGUUACCGUAUAUAAUGAUUGAUACAUUCUAUAGAAUGAUUUAUUACAGCCCUGGGUCUGUAGUUACUGUAUAUAGUGAUUGAUACACUCUAUAUAAUGAUUUAUUACAGCCCUGGGUCUGUAUUUACUGUAUAUAGUGAUUGAUACACUCUAUAUAAUGAUUUAUUACAGCCCUGGGUCUGUAUGUACUGUAUAUAGUGAUUGAUAUAUUCUAUAUAAUUUAUUACAGCCCUGGGUCUGUAGUUACUGUAUAUAAUGAUUGAUAUAUUCUAUAUAAUGAUUUAUUACAGCCCUGGGUCUGUAGUUACUGUAUAUAAUGAUUGAUACAUUCUAUAUAAUGAUUUAUUACAUAUCCAUGGUCUGUAUUUACUGUAUAUAAUGAUUGAUAUAUUCUAUAUAAUGAUUUAUUACAGCCCUGGGUCUGUAGUUACUGUAUAUAGUGAUUGAUAUAUUCUAUAUAAUGAUUUAUUACUGCCCUGGGUCUGUAGUUACUGUAUAUAAUGAUUGAUACAUUCUAUAUAAUUUAUUACAGCCCUGGGUCUGUAUUUGCUGUAUAUAGUGAUUAAUAUAUUCUAUAUAAUGAUUUAUUACAGCCCUGGGUCUGUAGUUACUGUAUAUAAUGAUUGAUAUAUUCUUUAUAAUGAUUUAUUACAGCCCUGUGUCUGUAUUUACUGUAUAUAAUGAUUGAUAUAUUCUAUAUAAUGAUUUAUUACAGCCCUGGGUCUGUAGUUACUGUAUAUAAUGAUUGAUAUAUUCUAUAUAAUGAUUUAUUACAGCCCUGGGUCUGUAGUUACUGUAUAUAAUGAUUGAUAUACUCUAUAUAAUGAUUUAUUACAGCCCUGGGUCUGUAGUUACUGUAUAUAAUGAUUGAUACAUUCUAUAUAAUGAUUUAUUACAUAUCCAUGGUCUGUAUUUACUGUAUAUAAUGAUUGAUAUAUUCUAUAUAAUGAUUUAUUACAGCCCUGGGUCUGUAGUUACUGUAUAUAAUGAUUGAUAUAUUCUAUAUAAUGAUUUAUUACAGCCCUGGGUCUGUAGUUACUGUAUAUAAUGAUUGAUAUAUUUUAUAUAAUGAUUUAUUACAGCCCUGGGUCUGUAGUUACUGUAUAUAAUGAUUGAUAUAUUCUAUAUAAUGAUUUAUUACAGCCCUGGGUCUGUAGUUACUAUAUAUAAUGAUUGAUAUAUUCUAUAUAAUGAUUUAUUACAGCCCUGGGUCUGUAUUUACUGUAUAUAAUGAUUGAUAUAUUCUAUAUAAUUUCUUACAGCCCUGGGUCUGUAGUUACUGUAUAUAAUGAUUGAUAUAUUCUAUAUAAUGAUUUAUUACAGCCCUGGGUCUGUAGUUACUGUAUAUAAUGAUUGAUAUAUUCUAUAUAAUGAUUUAUUACCGCCCUGGGUCUGUAGUUACUGUAUAUAAUGAUUGAUAUAUUCUAUAUAAUGAUUUAUUACAGCCCUGGGUCUGUAGUUACUGUAUAUAGUGAUUGAUACAUUCUAUAUAAUGAUUUAUUACAGCCCUGGCUCUGUAGUUACUGUAUAUAAUGAUUGAUACAUUCUAUAUAAUGAUUUAUUACAGCCCUGGGUCUGUAGUUACUGUAUAUAAUGAUUGAUAUAUUCUAUAUAAUGAUUUAUUACAUAUCCACGGUCUGUAGUUACUGUAUAUAAUGAUUGAUAUAUUCUAUAUAAUGAUUUAUUACAGCCCUGGGUCUGUAUUUACUGUAUAUAGUGAUUGAUAUAUUCUAUAUAAUGAUUUAUUACAGCCCUGGGUCUGUAUUUACUGUAUAUAAUGAUUGAUAUAUUCUAUAUAAUGAUUUAUUUCAGCCCUGGGUCUGUAGUUACUGUAUAUAAUGAUUGAUAUAUUCUAAAUAAUGAUUUAUUACAGCCCUGGGGCUGUAUUUAUUGUAUAUAAUGAUUGAUAUAUUCUAUAUAAUGAUUUAUUACAGCCCUGGGUCUGUAGUUACUGUAUAUAGUGAUUGAUACAUUCUAUAUAAUGAUUUAUUACAGCCCUGGGUCUGUAUUUACUGUAUAUAGUGAUUGAUAUAUUCUAUAUAAUGAUUUGUUACAGCCCUGGGUCUGUAUUUACUGUAUAUAAUGAUUGAUAUAUUCUAUAUAAUGAUUUAUUACAUAUCCAUGGUCUGUAUUUACUGUAUAUAAUGAUUGAUAUAUUCUAUAUAAUGAUUUAUUACAGCCCUGGCUCUGUAUUUACUGUAUAUAAUGAUUGAUACAUUCUAUAUAACGAUUUAUUACAGCCCUGGGUCAGUAUUUACUGUAUAUAAUGAUUGAUACAUUCUAUAUAACGAUUUAUUAUAGCCCUGGGUCUGUAUUUACUGUAUAUAAUGAUUGAUACAUUCUAUAUAACGAUUUAUUACAGCCCUGGGUCUGUAUUUACUGUAUAUAAUGAUUGAUACAUUCUAUAUAACGAUUUAUUACAGCCCUGGGUCUGUAUUUACUGUAUAUAGUGAUUGAUAUAUUCUAUAUAAUGAUUUAUUACAGCCCUGGGUCUUUAGUUACUGUAUAUAAUGAUUGAUAUAUUCUAUAUAAUGAUUUAUUACAGCCCUGGGUGUGUAUUUACUGUAUAUAGUGAUUGAUAUAUUCUAUAUAAUGAUUUAUUACAGCCCUGGGUCUGUAGUUACUGUAUAUAAUGAUUGAUAUAUUCUAUAUAAUGAUUUAUUACAGCCCUGGGUCUGUAGUUACUGUAUAUAAUGAUUGAUAUAUUCUAUAUAAUGAUUUAUUACAGCCCUGGGUCUGUAGUUACUGUAUAUAAUGAUUGAUAUAUUCUAUAUAAUGAUUUAUUACAGCCCUGGGUCUGUAGUUACUGUAUAUAAUGAUUGAUAUAUUCUUAUAUAAUGAUUUAUUACAGCCCUGGGUCUGUAUUUACUGUAUAUAAUGAUUGAUAUAUUCUAUAUAAUGAUUUAUUACAGCCCUGGGUCUGUAGUUACUGUAUAUAAUGAUUGAUAUAUUCUAUAUAAUGAUUUAUUACAUAUCCACGGUCUGUAUUUACUGUAUAUAAUGAUUGAUAUAUUCUAUAUAAUGAUUUAUUACAGCCCUGGGUCUGUAUUUACUGUAUAUAAUGAUUGAUAUAUAUAAUGAUUUAUUACAGCCCUGGGUCUGUAUUUACUGUAUAUAAUGAUUGAUAUAUUCUAUAUAAUGAUUUAUUACAGCCCUGGCUCUGUAUUUACUGUAUAUAAUGAUUGAUAUAUUCUAUAUAAUGAUUUAUUACAGCCCUGGCUCUGUACUUACUGUAUAUAAUGAUUAAUGAUUACAGCCCUGGGUCUGUAGUUACUGUAUAUAAUGAUUGAUAUAUUCUAUAUAAUGAUUUAUUACCCCUGGGUCUGUAGUUACUGUAUAUAAUGAUUGAUAUAUUCUAUAUAAUGAUUUAUUACAGCCCUGGGUCUGUAUUUACUGUAUAUAAUGAUUGAUAUAUUCUAUAUAAUGAUUUAUUACAGCCCUGGGUCUGUAGUUACUGUAUAUAGUGAUUGAUAUAUUCUAUAUAAUGAUUGAUAUAUUCUAUAUAAUGAUUUAUUACAGCCCUGGCUCUGUAUUUGCUGUAUAUAGUGAUUUACAUAUUCUAUAUAAUGAUUUAUUACAGCCCUGGUGUCUGUAGUUACUGUAUAUAAUGAUUGAUACAUUCUAUAUAAUGAUUUAUUACAGCCCUGGUGUCUGUAGUUACUGUAUAUAAUGAUUGAUAUAUUCUAUAUAAUGAUUUAUUACAGCCCUGGGUCUGUACUUACUGUAUAUAAUGAUUUAUUACACCCCUACCCUGCUUGCUGCACACACAGUGACCCUUUUAUCAUAAUGUUAUCAUACUGUAAAGACUAAACAUAUAAACACACACAGCUCAAUCUGUUAUUACGAAUGUUAUUAUUUAUAAAGCACCACCAAAUUCUGUAGCGGUUGAUGGACAGAUCUGUCACAUCCCUAUUUCUACAAAUGUAAGACAUGAAAAGAGAUUUAAACGGUAUUUACCAGACUUGUUAUUGGAAGGAUGCAGGGAAGAGUCACGCUGAGGUUGCCAAAUGUAAAAAAAAAAGUCAAAGUUUAGGAGCCAGCAGUAAUGUUUUAGUUUGCAUUUCACCGAUUGAUGAGACACAUCAUACCUAACUAAAGUACUCAGUCAUCUGUAAAAUAUUAAGUCUGCCUCCUCCAAGAUAGCACAACAAAGGGAUUGUGGUGAACAUGUUUGUAUCCACACCUUAUGAGGAAGCUCGAAAGAUGGAAGGAGUAUCAGGGAAAUAUAUUUGAUUUGGCAGAAUUCUGUAAAUAACCAAUUUAUUCCAGUUCAAUUUUUUUUUGAUAUUGGUAAUAUCAUAUUUCAGGAGUUUUGAAGUAGCAAACCCAUAUGAAAGCAAGUCUCCAUCCGUCCAACCAACCUCAGACCACAUUAACCCAAGGAACAUUUAUUUCACAUUAGCCAUUCCUUUUUGUGAUACUGUGAAAAUUCACAGCUUUAAUCGGGACAUAUGUAUCAUUGAAAGUCCAGUAUUUCAGAGCCAUUGACCAGAACCACUAUUAUUCACUCAUCACACUCCUAUUUUUACACUCUUUCUUGUAGGUCUCAGUCGCUGAAGAUGAAGGAGUUGACAAAAGACAAAAGGAAAAUUUCGGAGAGAAUCUUAAAUCAUGCUCUCGGGAUCAUCUUCCUGCUGACUGGAGAGGUGGGAUUAUAUCUAAGUGCCAACUUUUUACUGCUUAAAGAAUAAUAAUCAGUGCACAAAUUCACUAGGUUAUUUAAAAUCACCUAAUAUUGGUGCAUCCUACAAUAAUUUUAGAAUUAAUGUAGGUCCCACCGAUAUUGGGUUACUGUGGCGGGCUUAAUAAGAUAUAGCCAUAUUGUGUUACCAAAACCCCAAAUUUGUUUGCUUUAGAUAUGUGAUUAUAAGUGACCCAAAAAGACUGUUUCUUAGUGGGUAGUCAAAGGGAAAAGGGGAAUUCAAGGGGGCUAGAUGGUUUUUAUUAACACUAUAGGGUCAGGAAUACAUGUUUGUAUUCCUGACCAUAUAGUGAUCCUUUAAUUUAAAUACACACUCCUCACAAUAAGUAUUCACUUUGCUUGGUUCGUUUGUUUGUUUCAGUGCUUCUCUAUGAGGAGAUGUUGAUUGGCCAGGGCAGUGUUUGGCUCUGCCCGUGACCUGCCUCCUUGGCUGUGGUCAUCAGAAUUGACAAUCUCAGACAAUCCGAUGCUUUCCUAUAUGAAAGUAUUGUGAUUGGCUGAGAUCAUCACUUCUGAUGAUGUCAGCCAAGGAGACAGAUCAGGUAAGAUUUUACUAUAUUUAGGGGGGUAAGGGAUGGCCAGGGGGGCUAGAUAGUGUUUUUAACACUAUAGGAAUACAUGUUUGUGUUCCUGACCCUAUAGUGUUCCUUUAACGUCCUUAAUGUGCUCACUAUAAGAAGAAAUCUAUUAAUAUAAACUGGGAAGAAAAAGCAAAAGAUCAGUAAAAUCCCUACAUCACAUAUUCAGAUAAGUAUUGGGUGAAGUAAUGUCCAUAGACUCAUUCGUGGUGAGGGAAUUCCAUCAGAGCCUCUUACUCGCGCAUUUCACCAGAUAAGGCUCAGCAGAGGGGAUUCUAAAUUUUCCCAUUCAAGCAUCGAUCUACUACAAUUCAGGGUUCAGUGAAUACCCCUGUGUGUCUAAUCCAACCAUUUGGAAUCCAAUACAAGGCAAUUAGAACCCAGGAGUUAAGAAGCAGAGUUAGAGGGUUAUUCUGUACUGUAGAUCAUGUGUUCAUUAGAAGAGGUAAAGGUCCAAGUGACUGACUGUGGUUUGGUUUAUAGAUGACCUGUGUUGCAUUUCUCCUGCACACAAUGAUUUUACGUAAUUGUAAAAGCAUUAUUAUGCAUCUUGAGGCGUCCGUGUGAUAUCCAUGAUGUAUUCCCUCUGUUAUCUCUGCUAUGACAGAUGCUGCAAAAGGUUCCACAAAAUCAUAAUGAAAGCUCCGCAAGUUUUACAUUUCCUGAUAGCUAUUUUUACGGAAUGGGAGGUCACUGGAUAAAGUGCGAUGCUUAAAAUAUUGUACAAUUUUCUGGGCCUUAAAAGGGCAUGAUCCACAGCAAGGCUAAUCAUUAUAUAUUAUUGAACGGUGUCUGUCCCUUACACCACAGUCUGACAUGCAUUUACUGAUCUUAUUUUGCAGGAAUAUGUAGUUGUUAAAAAAGGUGCCCCCCACAGUAGCAUUCAUCUUCUAAAUGGAGAGGUGAGUAUCCAAUGCAUAAAUUACUAUUUGGGAUUUCUGUCUCUCACUGGCUAGAGGCUGGGGAAAAGUUAAUGAGCAUAGCUGAGAGGCGCAGUUUGGAGCUGUCAGAAAUAUAAUUUAUUUUGAAGGCUGUUAACCUCCUCGAUUAGCAGCUGUACUACGAAAAAAAAUACUAAAGCUUUCUGAUCAGCAAUUACAAUAAGCCUAUCACCCACUCUCACUGCAGUAUAUAAUAUUAGAUCUAGGGAUGCAAUAGAAAGGUGAUGAAUGUAUGAUCAUUACAUCAAUACGUGUCCUCUCAGUGACACACGAAGUUAUUCAAUGAACAUCAAAUUUUAGAAAAUUUAAAUCCAAAUGGCUAAAAUAUCUUAUUGGGGAAAAAAUAUCCAACUUAGCUAUAGUCACAGAUUGAUUGAUUUUUAGCCUCAUUUUUUCCAUUUGGAUUUCACAGUUUCCCCCUCUGUUGUCCAUAGCAGGAUAUUUCGUGGGUGUCAUUGUCUUUUGGAAUGACCUGUUGUGUUAAAUGAUUGAAUGUUAGUCUGCGUUUCAGGUACCUAUAAAAUGUGGCGAUAUUUCCGUUUAUUUCUCCAUGGAGGAGUGGGAUUAUAUAGAGGGACACAAGGACAUUUACAAGGAUGUUAUUAUAGAGGGUCGCCAGGUGUCUGAUGCCACGAGAAACCCAGAAAAAACGAUCUCAGGUGACUUUGUGUUUUCAAUAUCAAGAAUAAAAUACAUAUCCCACCGAUGCUGACAGCGAUCACAUAAUGGAAAUUAUUAUUAUUAUUAUCGCCAUUUAGAUAUGCUGGUAACUUGCUAAUACUGGCGGACACAGUCUCUGAGCUGUCUGUAUGAGAGUUUAACCACAGAUCAUGAAAUGUAUGUUUACAUAUUGCCAUCUCAGAGCAGUGACAUCCCAGGGCAGUCACAUGACCUCUACAAAGAGUUUAUUGUGCCCUGGGAUGUCAUUUAAUCUGAAGUGGUUAAUCGGUAAUUUCCUUGUGUAGCUGAAUGUUUUUGAAAAGAUAUUCUACAUAGGUGAAAUGUAAUGUAUGCGAGUGGAGUAUACUUUAAUAAUGUUAUGUAAAUUACACCAGUAUAAACUCGGCUUACUGUUUCUUUUUAAAAUGCCAGACGCCCAUGAUGAUGAUGAUGAUGCGGACGUUGUGUUUAUUAGUGAGGUUGUGAAAACAGAAAAAUGUGAAACAAACAAAGAAGAAGUGAAAAUCUCUGCCACCUGUGCAGGUAAGUUGUGCAGUUGAAAUAUCUUGUAGACACUGGUGUGAAAUGAAGUGAGAGAGUCACAUUCUAAUGUAUUUGUCCCUUUUGCUACCACGUUAAACUGUAACCCAGCUAAGUGCCUGUUCCGUAGCUGCCUUAACUCCUUCCACUCAACUAGAGGCCCCCAGUUAACUCUGCUCAGUGAGCGGCAGUCCCCUUUCAAGAUUGUCAGUCUGUCUCAAUGUUGCCAGCCACAUCUCCAGAUCUCCAAUAUGAUCUCCCAGAGAACCCACUCGCUCGCACAUGCCACAGAGGUAUGGACCGUGGACGGAUUCAUCCAGGCAUGCAUACCUGUAGCAAGAUGUGCACUGAGUCAAACCUUCCACCUUGCUAACACUCAUUUCUCCAGAUAGCGAAAACAACAAGCACACAGAAGAGUAAAACAAUAAUUCCCUUGUUGGUUUGAACUCCUGUUUUUCAGCUCCUACUUAUAAGAGACUAAUUUAAAGCAAGUCCAAGUGAGCCAGCUCAGUGAGUCAGCUGUGGGUUUAAGCAGCUAAACAAAAACCCACACAGAUGGAAAUUAAGGCACCACUCCCUCAAUUAACUGAGCAGCAACAAACAGGGGAAAAACACUGCUUUUUACCUUUCUGAAGUUAAAGCAAAUUUACUGAGGAAAAACCUGUGUCCACAGUUUCGUAGAUCUGCAGGGGAACUCCUUCUUUAGAAUUCCUACUUAAAAGAGACUACUUUUAACCCUUUAAAGACAGAGGCUAUUGUGCAAGUUCUCAUCAUAACAAAACCUGGAAUAUGUGCUAUAAAUCUGUUCAACCAAAAUCCACCUCUUUCAUAUUAAGUAAACCCUCAGUUAUUAUAUAGAAUUUUGUUCAGGAUAAACUGGACUUUCAUUUCACAUCAAAUAUUCAUAUAUCAAACAAUUUAAUAUGAGUAAAAUUUAGAGAAAUUAAGAAAUGUUAUUUUUCAGGCUCUGCAUGACAUUUUAACUGUAAAUGUCAUAAUACUGUUAGCUUUUACUACGAUAAAAUACACAUAUUUGUGUUCAGCAAUGUCUCGCGUGUACAACAGAGCUCACUGAGCAAAGUUUAGCGGGGGUCUCUAGUCGAGCUGGGUAGGAAGGAAUGCAGAGUGGGCUGUAGGGGAGAGCUAACUUCCCAGCAAUGGAGGAUUUUCACAUCUGUCGGCAGCUUUCAGUGUGUGCUGACCACAGACAUAAUUUGUGCACAGAAUUGACAUUGGGCAGCCAAUGUCACGUGUGCUGAAACACUGCACAUACACACUCCUACCACCAUUACUACUUCAAAUCACUGAAGUGCUCAUGCUGAUUGGAGUAACCCUUUAAGAAAUAAAUUGGUUAGUGUUUUGUGGCCUGAAAAAUUUAGUGGGGGGUUAUAACCUUCCUUCCACUCUAACAUGUAACGUCAGUACUGCAUCAUUCAGAUAAGAAUCCACAAUUGUUCAUUUUCACAGGUGAAUAUAAUGGUGACUAUGUGUACUCCAGUGAAAACCCUAAGGCUCCGAAUAUGAAGAGUCACCUGGAAACCGAGCAGAAGGAAACAAACAGAGACAUUGGCACAGGUGGGAAAUCCCUUAAUAAUCAGUUUAUCAAUAUUAUCGCAAGCUGCUAACCGGUCCUUGAUCCAAUAGUGUACAAUGUAUAUAGUAAUUCUACCCAUAGAUCCACAUCAUGAAGGAAGAAUAGACAGUCAACCGGUUGGUUUCUAAAUUCUCUUUUGGAUUAUAUACUUUAUUUACCAGUUAUUUUAGAGCGAUUUUAACCAAUAAUGAAAUCUAAUACUUAAAAUGGACCCCAUUGUUAAAGCAUUAUAUUGAUAUUACAAUAAAAUAAUGCAAAAAUAAAAUGGGUACAAUAAUAAAUAUGGUGGGGGGUGGGAAUAAAAACCCGCUAACAGUUUAACCCCUUAAGGACACAUGACAUGUGUGACAUGUCAUGAUUCCCUUUUAUUCCAGACGUUUGGUCCUUAAGGGGUUAAAUGAUAUACUUUCCUGAAGAAGAGUGUUUUCAAAGAUUUUUUGAAGGAGUGGAGACUGGUGAAAUUCUAACAGAGAAGGGAAGGGAAUAUAAUAGAUAUUUGUAUUUGAUUCUUGAUAAUAUUUGUGAUAUACUCAAAAACGAAUGAUGCUUUUUCUUUAAACAUUUGUCAUCCUCACAGGUCGAUCUCUGAGCAUUGAUGUGCAAAGAGAGUCCCAGGUAGCAGACUGUGCCUCAGAUCUGACAGAGGAAGGUGUUACACAUGUAACACAUCAGCUUUCUAAUUCAUGGGUUAGGACCGUAGAAGAUAAUAGCGGUGUGUCUCAUCCACCGAAGGAAGAAUCGCAUGUACAGUCCUGUUCUUUGACUCAGGCAAUGGGAGACCAUACUGAGAGUUUAAAAGGGUUUCACGAGGAAUCCUGGACAAUGCCCUGCUCAUCAGAGUGGACAAUGGAAAGUGGCACUGGUGCUCCUCAUGGGUUUAAAGAAGAACCUCACAUAGUGGGUCCUUCAUUAGCUGAGGCAAUAGAAGAUGAGUCAAAUGCAUGUGAUGCAUUUCAAGGGACAUCCUGGUCAGUGUCCUGUUCAUGGGAUCAGGCAGAGAGUGGCAACACCAGUACAUCUUGUACUUAUCAAGACGCCCUUCAAGAAUACUCGCCGAAUGAGUCAGGUUCAUAUAAAAGUGGAAAUCUAUUAUCGUUAAACCAAUGUCAAAAAAAUAUGCACUUGCUGAAUGAGAGGUUUACCAGAGACAGCUCUGGUAAUAUUCAAAUUUCCAAAAAAAAGCCCACUCGUCAAGAUCGUAACCCACUGUACACAGGUCAGAAUCCUCAUCGGUUUGAUAAAUGUGGAGACUCUUUUCAUUCCACGAAUAAUCUUUCCAGACUGAAAAUAUAUCCUGAGGAAAACAAUUGCGAGGCACAACUGCCUACAGCCUCAAAUCUCAGUGAAUAUACUGAGCCUGUACUGUCAUAUAUCUGCCAUGUGUGUGGAAAACCAUUCAGUAAAAGGGAGCAGUUGAUAAUACACCAACGAAUUCACACGGGGGAUAAACCAUAUGAAUGCCCUGAGUGUGGAAAGUGCUUCACCAGUAGGUCUCACGUGGUGAUACACUACAGAACACACACAGGUGAGAAGCCAUAUGUUUGCAAUGUGUGUGAGAAGUCCUUCGCUAAACGGACAAAUCUGGACAGACAUUUCCGAAUUCAUACCCGAGAGAAGCCAUAUAUGUGUCGGGUAUGUGGAAAAUGUUUCACUAGACGGUCAAAUGUGAUCAGCCACCAAACAACUCAUACUGGAGAGAAGCCAUAUUCAUGUCCUGAAUGUGGGAAAUGUUUUACACAGAGGUCACACAUGAUUAUUCAUCAUAAAAUCCAUUUAGGAGAAAAGCCAUAUGUUUGCUCUGUGUGUGGAAAAAGAUUUGCUAAAAAGGGCUAUCUUGAUCUUCAUAAGAGAGCUCACAGAACUGAAAAAGCAAGUUUGUUCUAAGCGAGAAAGCAUAACUAUUUAUUCUGACACGUGUAACAUACAAUGGGAAUAAAAAUUUGCACUGUUAGACUGUGUCCAGCCCAGACAAUGGUGUUGAGUUUUAUCUGCACAAUCUCUACCCAAAGUCUCCUUCCAGUCUUAAGCAAAGGUUGUGGUGUUGACCUAUGUGGUUUUGAAGCUGAAGAAAAGUAAUACACAGGGCUGGAUUGUCCAAAGUGCACUAUAGACCAUCCUGUACAAUAUCCUAGAGUAUUUUAGGAGCACUUCAUCUAUUUAUGUGAAAAUGUUAUUUAUAGUUACCUUUAUUUUGUUCUAGUUAAGCAGAAACGGAUCAUGACUAUACUUAAGCCCCAGGCCUUAAGCAUUUAUUACUGCUUGCAAGGCUCCCCACAUCCUAAGCCAGUGUUUCAAAUUAAUUAUUAAUGUAAUUUUAAUGUAGCCAAUGGAUACAGUCAAUCAAGAAUCCCUGCUUGACGGUCAUUUACUUUCUUUUUUCCUGAGGGUGGUGGGCUUAAACCCAUGUUAAACAACUAAUUUUUAUCAACUCAAAGUUUAAAAAAAAAAAUAAUAAAAAGAUAUUUU